UGAAUUUCUGCCGGUGGAGAGCACGGUGUGCUAGCACGCUGUGACCGCAAUGUGCCGGCACGUGCUGUCAUGCUGAUUAUCCCCGCCGAUAACAUGAUGUCGACGGAAUGACGGCACCGAGACUGCUCGGAAUGGGCCAUGCGUGACGUCCAGGUACCCCUGCUCCAUGACCCGGAAAUGACACGGCAUUGUGCUCAGCACAAUGCUGGCACGCGAUGUUAUCGGGGACGUCCCCAAGACAUCUUUCGUUGGAAUUUUCAACAAUUUUUUUUUCCUGCCAUCCGGGAAGUCAUAAUUUUGACAUUUUGGCGGCACAGCGUGCCAGCACGCCUGCUCACAUUGCGACGGCACGAAACUUUGUCAGAAUGACGGCCAUGUGUGCCGGCUUUAUGCCACCGGCACGAACGAAAGCACAAUGCCGUCAUUUCCGGGUCAUUUUCAUGGAGCAGGGGUACCUGGACGUCACGCGUGGCGUUAAAGCUGCUCGUUAAACUCGUAGUACCCAAUAUCCUGUAUGCAGGUUCGGGACUGCUCGUCGUACUCGCAGCAUCCAAUAUCGCUAUGCAAGUUCUAGACUGUCUCGACUACUCACCCUAUAAAAAGAAGUCGUAGAGCGGGGAACUGUCAUUAUUUGUCUAACUUGCCUGAGAGUAAGAGCUAAGAGAAAUGUUUUGUUCCUGUAGCCUACCUGACCAUCUUGAUGAUUCUCGUCUGCAGAGGGCUAGGACGAUGGAGCUACCUGUGACACCAUUUGCCUUAACACACGACGACGAGACCAUGGCUACGACGAGCUCGGAGGAAGGUUUUCCUCUCUCGUGGUCUCCCCUGGCGCACAGCUCUGCUCUGUCCGACACGAGCUUGGUGGCGGCGGCUUCCCUUCUGGAGAAGGCCCUGCUGGUGGGAGACUCAUUCCCCCGCCUCCCAUCGACGAAGAAGGAGGUACCGGGGAAGUGGGCUCUGCUGGAGCGCGACCUCUACCUCUCCAGCAACAGCGAUCUCGUGAUGCAAGAGUUGGCGAAGGUGUGCCCUCCUCGUCAGCAGAGCGUACCAUCGAGUGACGACGAGGAGAAAGAAAAUUCUCCCGUGCGCUCUCCGGUACCCUCUGCUGAUAAGAAGCGCGCAUCUCGUAAACGUUCCCCGGAAAGUCCCUGCGUACGCAAGGCCACCCGACCAUCGCAGGUGAUUGGCGCCAAGCGCCGCAGAUUAGAUUUUAAGGACUUUUAAUUGUAUUUUUUUUUUAAAUAAAAACAAUAAAAAAAAGGAAGUCGAAUGGAGAGGUAAUCUUGAUUGGCUGUCACAGGUGAGAGCGAUGGUAGGGGCUCUCAUCACUUCCUUAAAAAAAAGAAGAAAAAAAUGACCUUGAAUCCGAUAGUAUGCUUCCACCACUUACGUAACUUUGUUACAGUUUUUAUUAUUGUAAAAAAAGUGACGGGAGUCGGGCGCGAAUCUCGAACCUCCGACUUGCAAGUCCGACACUCUACCAUUUGAGUCACAGCCGACGAUGGAUUUUUCUAAUCGAUCUGUUAUAGUAAUUAGACGCCUGUGACGUGUCCUUAAGUAACAACUUUAAAAUUUUUUUUUAUUAAAUUAAUAAUGACCUUGAAUCCUAGAGCUUGCUUUUACCACUCAGAGAUAGCGCGAACUAGUUUAAUUUUUUUUUAGAGAGGUGAUGAGAGCCCCCACCUUCGCUCUCACCUGUGAGGUACUACCAACUUAUCGUCACUAAUGAGCCUCUUAUCACGAGUGGUGAGAAGCGCAUGCGCGACUCGUUUACCUCUCCGUUUAUCUCUCUUUUUUUUAACUUUAUUCAAUCAUAUUUUGUACAUCAUUGUAAUAGUUUCUGAGUGGUGACGAGGGGGCAAGACACUCGGUGCUCCAUCCACAGUCGACCUCGUCAAUACCUCGGUUGCUGAGUAGUCAUUGUUUCAUUAUCUUUGCGUUGUGCACGGCACAGAUCGGAACCCAGUUCGGUGUAUGAUGCGAGCAGACGGUGUUGGUAAUCGUGGCUUCCUGGAGCUUCUGCAGUGAAGGACGUCCUACUUCUUCCAGAUCGUAGAUGUUGUACGUCAUCGUCACUCCCAUCAACCACUUCUUCUUCUCUCGGCCCUUGACGUAGACUUUGCUCGCAUCUCGCAGCACGUUCUGGAUUGUGGUGGCGACCUCGUCGUAGCAGAUGUCACCCGAGCUCCAGGGUAUCCCGUGGUAGUUGUACUCCAACCAUCGAUUUUCGCUCUUGUACUUGGCAACUAAGUAGUCCCAGCUAGAUGGUGGCUGGAAGAGGUAGACAGACGGCAGAGAGCACGGCCACCUCCUUGAAUACAAAGUCGUUCACCGACCUCUUGAAGCCUUGUACGUCUACUACAAACUCCAUCUCGAUGGCAACUGAUUCGCUGCUCUAACCGCUUUUAUACCCUUCUCUGAGGCUUACCCCACCACGUCUGCUAUGGUGAGUCGAUGCAUGUUCGAUCGAUCGGCAGAACUUACUGAGACCCUGCGAGUCCAUGCAGGUCCUGGAGAAGCUGUUCUAACCUGUAGAUCUCUGCGAGCGUAGAUCAGAAUUUCUUUCAAGCCGAUGCUGGUUUGCCAAUAUCUGUUCGAACCUGUAGCACCUUUAGGUGUAUAUAAGGAGCCAGGGGUCCGAGAUUUCUUCAGUAUAAACAGUUUUUCGAGGAGUGAACAACUCUUCGGAAAACCUAGAGGAAAAACAGCCUACGAAGAAGAAGACACUCUUCAGGGUCACCAUGGCUUCUGUAGAGGAC